UUAACCUGGGAUGUCCAUGAUGUUUCAGGAAUCGGUGACCUUCAAGGAUAUAGCUAUUGACUUCACCCAGGAAGAGUGGGACCUGCUGGCCACACCCCAGAGAAAGCUGUACAGAGAUGUGAUGCUGGAGAACAUCAGUCACCUGGCUUCUGUGGGGUAUCGAAUCUGCAACUUGGGUGUGACUUUCCAGCCCGAACAAGGACAGCUGAAGAGUGAAGGGACUGGGUUUCCCCAAGGCCAGAUGGCAGGGGAAAGUACUGAGUUGAGUGAUGAAUUUACUCAUAGAUCAUCUGUGAAUCGACAUUCUUUAAUUCAUAUAAGAAAGAAACCUCAUGUGAGCCAGCAGCGUGGAAAGUCACCUAGAGAAGAGUCAUGCCUUCGUAGAUACAAUGAAAGUCACACCAGGGGUAAUAUAUGUAAAUGUGGGAAAGGCUUUAGUAGUGUCUUCAGCCUCAGACGACACAAGAUGAUUCACAGUGAAGAGAAACCAUUUAAAUGUAAUGUAUGUGGGAAAGGCUUUUUGCAAAAGUCUGACCUUAGAAACCACAAACGAAUGCACACUGGAGAAAAGCCUUAUAAGUGUGAUGAGUGUAGGAAAACCUUCAGUCAGAGUUCUUACCUUAGACAGCAUGUAGCAAUUCACACAGGAGAGAAACCAUAUGAAUGUCCCCUAUGUGACAAAGCUUUCAGUCAAAGAUCUUACCUUAGAAAACAUGAGAGAAUCCAUCCCGGGGAGAAACUGUAUAAAUGUCAUCAGUGUGGGAAAUCCUUUAAUCAAAGUUCUGGCCUUAGCCAGCACAAGAAAAUUCACAGUGGGGAGAAACCACAUGUAUGUUCCAUAUGUGAUAAGGCUUUCAGUCAAAGUUCUGAGCUAACACGUCACAAAAGAACACACACCGGAGAAAAACCAUAUGAAUGUAGUCAGUGUGGGAAUGCCUUCAGUCAACAAGCUAAUCUCACAAGACACCAGAGGACCCACACUGGAGAACAGCCUUAUGCAUGUAAGCUUUGUGGCAGAGCCUUUAGUCAUUCUUCUUCCCUUAGAAGGCAUGAGGGAACCCAACACAGGAGAGAAAAUCAUGAAAGCCUUCAGUAGAUAGUCU